CUCUUCCUCAUCACUUCCCUCACAUUCUCUGGUGAUAUCAGGGAUGAUAUUUGUGUGCAUACAUUAACAUAAUUAUUAUGUAUGUCAUCAGUGGAUUCGUGCUGGUUAUGUCAUAUUGAUGUCAAUGAUGUCAUGCUGGAUAACCACAAUAUGCCACAAUAUCCACAUGCAUAAUAAUAACAUAACCCCAAGCAACGUCAGUGCCGUAACGGUUUUAUUCGUAAUGAUAACACUUUACGAUUUACUUUUAUAAAAUAUAGAAUAAGUACUAUGCAGUACUUUAAUAUUAGAAAUGUUUAUAUUAUAACGAACGAUGGAUCUAAAAUUAUAUAAUCCCGAAUUAUUCCCGGAAAAUGAUAGUUUAUUAUUGCAAGAGUUGUACAUAAAAGGUGAUGAUAUCCAAAAGCUGAGUGUUAUUCAAGCACUGCCACAACUCUUACAAUAUGAUCCAAAUGGAACAAUGACAAGAAUUGUACCAAAAAUUCAGCAGGAGUUACCAAAAUCUUCAUGUGAAUUUCAUAUUGCAACCAGCAAGAUUUUCAAAUUACUUAUAGAAAAGCAGUUACCUUUGAACCUAACAGCAGCUGUCAUUCAGGGAACUGAAUCUAAAGAUCCCGUAGUCUCAAAUGCAUGGAUUGAAACUCUUCUGGCUGUAAUUCCAAUUUUACCAAUUGAUCAAAUUAAAACAAAUGUUAUACCAUUGGCUUUAUCAAAAUCACAACCAACAAGCCCUGUUUAUUGUCGUGUUGCUAGUUGUAAGAUUCUUGGAAAAUGUGCUGCUCAUCAAAAAAUGCAGAAUGUAGAUGUAAAAACUUUCCUUUUACCAGCAGUGCAGAGCUUAUGCCAAGACUGUUUCCAAGAUGUUCGAGCGACUAUGUGUUCUCAGUUACAUUUUAUCGCACAGGGUUUGGGUGAAAGUUUGGUAAAAACUAGUUUACUUCCAAGCCUAGUAGAAUUAGCAUCAGAUGACAACAUGGCUGUGCGAUCAGCUGCAGUAGCUUCAGCAGUCUUAAUUAUACCAUAUUUAAAUAAACAAACAAAAAUUGAUACAAUUGUUCCGUUGAUUAAACAAUUGUGUUCAAAAACAUCAGGUCCAGGUGAUACAACUUUUCCAACAAUAGCUAGAGAAUUUGGAAGAUUAGUUCAAGCUUUGCAAAAUGUCUUAGAAGUGUCUGAUAGUGUAUGGAUACUACAAUUUUAUAAGACUUUGGCCACAAAAGGACAAACUGUGCGCAUCAACAAAGAUAAUUUGGAAGUAACACAAGACGUGAUAUGCAGAGAACAGUGUGCUUUCAACUUACCGCAAGUGACCACUUUCACAAUGGCACGUAUACCAAACCAACUAGAGCUGUGGCAUUCUGUAUACAGUGGACUGGCUAAUGAUUCCUGCUACCUGGUCAGAAAAACAACCGCCGCAUGUGUUUUUCAGGUUGCAAAAAUAUUGGGCCCUCAGAGUAAAGUCAUAAAAGAUGAUAUAAUAAAAUUAUUACGAGACGAUGCUGAAGAAGUUUUGCAAAUGCUAGUCCCAGAUGUUGGUCCAACUUUAGAAUUACUUUGCACACAUGGUGUUCUUUCGAGGGAAAAUACUCUUCCAUCUUGUUUGGAGAUUACCAGAGCAUUGUUGAAAUGCCAGGCAGAAUUAUCCAAAUCGUACAACUGGAGAAUAAAAUCGAAUUUUCUUCAACAAUUAGAACGUUUGCCCAAUUGCAUGCCGUCCGAUUUCAUUCAUCAACACUUCAGUCCGGUAAUUCUAGGCUGUGUUCUAGAGGCGAGACCUAAACCAGUAAGAUCGCAAGCUUCCAGAACGUUAUUAGUAUUUUUACGAUAUAAUUUGAAAGAAAUUCAAAGGAAAUGGAUUCGAGAUAAUUUGAUAACUCAUUUGUGCUUGUCAAAGUCAUGCUAUACCAGACAUAUCUUCAUCUUAGCGUGUUAUCAUGCUGCAGAACUUUUUAGCAACAAUUAUUUUAAGAAGUUCUUUUUUGAAUCGUUAUUGUCAUUAGCCGAUGAUCCAGUAUCAAAUAUACGGCUAAGUGUAGUAGGCAUUCUUCCGUUGUUGUAUAAAAUGUUAGUUUUACCAGAAGAUAAAAAACUUCAAACAAACAUCGACAAUUUAUUUUCAAAACUAGAUAUGAUGGAAAAAGAUAAAGAUGUUAAAGACAUUUUAAGAACAAAACUUAAAGAAAUUCGUAGUUCCGGUACAUCCAAUAAGCAGGAUUAUUUAUUUGACCAAAAACGUAAAGAAGAAGAAGAAAAUAAAAUUCUACAAGGCAAGCUGACACUAGCCGCUCCAACGGGGGGAGCACCAGCCAGACCAGUACAAUCGAUAGCAUCUCAUGCUUCGAGGGACAAAGAAACUGUCAGUACGACUAGAUCUCACCCCAUUAUUGCCAGGUCUCCAAGUACAUCACCACGAGUUUCGAAAACACCUUCAACUAGUUCAGGUCCAAACGAUAUGAGCUUUUUAGAGCAACAUUUUUACAUAGAUGCUGGUGUAAGCUUACCACGUGAUGAAAUGGAAAGUAAUAUACGACAACCAGAAAAUUUUAUUUCAAAUGUUGUCAGAGUUUUUGACCAGCAGCUGCAUUUACAUGGAAAUAAAGGGAGUGAAGGUGAUUCUUCCUGCAUACCAACAGUGUCAGUGGAAAACGUAAAUAUAGAAACAAUGGUUGAAAGUGAAAUAGAAAAGCUAGAAACAUCAACGACAAACAUAACAGAUGAUGUUAAAGUAAAUUUGCGAAAAAGAAAUAAGAGGGGUCCAGGUACUUCAUCAAAAUCUCUUUUAAGUACACCAAAAGAAAUCAGUUCAAUGAAUUUCAAAUACAAAAGAUAUUCAAGUAUUUUUCCAUCAUCAAGUGGAGACUCUGCUAGUAUUAAUACUGUUAAUACAAAAACACUUAACCGAAGAAGUUUAAAUAUUGGUGUUGCCGAUGGAAGUAAAAUACCUGUUUGUAUAAAAAAAUCACAAAGUAAUGUUGAGAUAAAACAUGAGGUAAACAGUCAAGAAGCAAGUGGAUUUAAGGCCAGUCAAUCAAAAUAUCGUGGCACUAGAAAUGAUUGUUACUUUAGUGGUAAUUUGAAGACGAAAAUUAGACCAAAAUCUGAAGUAUUAACAAUGAAUAGUGGUAAUAAUGAAAGGCGCGUAUCUAUUGUAGAAACGAACGAAAAGUACACAGAAUGUGAAGGAAAUCAUGCUAAUGCAAUAAAUGUCAGUAUUAUUGAACAUAUGCCAGUAAGUAGUAUUAAUAGCAAGCCAUUUAGGACAUCAGGAUUACCUGUUCUAAAAAGGAGAACGCAAUCUGACGCAAGAAAAUGAAAAUUUUAUUUUUUAUAUUUUUACUUGUAUUAACAAUUUUAUAUAUUUCUAUUUACAAUUUUUAAAUAUAUAUUUCUGUUAAUUAUUA